CCGUCUCUCUUUCCCGGCGUCGCACAGUUCCGGUGACCACAAGCAUGAACAUCAUCUACUGAAUACUUCUGGUUUCGGGUCUGAGAUAACUUAUCUGUGACAUCUAUCACCUCCUAGAAAUGUCAGGUGACAGCAAUACACAUUGGUGCUACCAAUGCCUGCAACCAGUUCGGCUUCGAAGUCCCAAUCCAGUUUGCUCCUGUUGCUCAGGAGGAUUCGUGCAAGAACUGAAUGAGAUGGUUGUUGAUGGACAACACGACUUUGAUCCUUUUCAUGGACAUGAUGUUUCUGACCAUUGGUUCAUUGAUCCAUUCAUUGACUCUAGAAACAGAAUCAUGGAUGCCUUUGCUGAGUUAUUGAGGCAGAGAAAUUUAGGUAAUAGAAGAUCUUCUCUUCUCCUUGAAGAUGGUAUCGUUCCAUGGGGAUAUCUUAUGUCUGCUGAUGAUGAAUUUGAGUGCUUCUUUAAUGGAGCUCCAGUGGGCUCAAGGCCUUCUAACUCAAGUAAUAUCUCUAUGGGGACUAGUUUUCAAGAGUUGGUCGAACAACUUAUAGCAAAUGAUGCUGGGCAGGGUCCACCUCCAGCAACCCGCUCUGCAAUUGAUUCUUUGCCGACUAUUAGGAUAACAAACAGGCACCUUAACAACGAUUCUAACUGCCCAGUUUGUCAAGAUAAGUUCGAUUUAGGAUCUGAAGCUAGGAUGAUGCCGUGUAACCAUAUCUAUCAUUCUGGUUGUAUCAUGCCUUGGUUACUUGAGCACAAUUCUUGCCCUGUUUGCCGGCUGGAACUGCCCUCCCAAGGUACUAAUGGUGGUAGCAGUACAGAGGACAGUGACCAAAAUCAGGGGAGCAGGAAUCCGUUAUCGUUUUUGUGGCCUUUUCACUCUUGAGCAAAGUUACAGAAAGCGUUUCGGGGAUAAUUGCUACGGGUGGCCUUUAUGUAAGGUAUUUCCUUGUGCAUCUCUGUUUGAACUUUUAUGCCGUACAUGGUAAUCGAGUGCCGUUC